AUGGAAGAUCACCACCCCGACAGCAGCAAUGUCGAUGUGGUCUCCGACAGUGGAAGUGAUGUGAUUGGGAGGAGCAAUGGGGAUGACAGAGAAGACGAGGGCCUCUCCGGAGAGGACACUAGAGAUGGACUACCAUGUGGGAAGGAAGCUGACGACAGCGGGCCGUCCAAGGUGUGCUCCAGGGGUCAUUGGAAGCCUGCUGAGGACACAAAGCUCAGGGAGCUGGUUGCCUUGUAUGGACCUCAUAACUGGAAGCUCAUAGCGGAGAAGCUAGAAAGCAGAUCAGGUAUCACACGUAUUCUCUCUCUGUCUCUGUCUCUGUCUCUAUCUCUAUCUAAUUCUCGAUAUGAUCUCUCUUUUCGCCGCUGCAAAGCAGGUCAGGUGCCUUACGUAUUCUCUCCCUGUGUAUCCGUAUCUCUAUCUACUUCUCGAUAUGAUCUCUCUUUUCGCCGCUACAACGCAGAAAAGAAAUAAUGUAAACACAUACACACGCACGCACACACCCACCCAGUACCUUGUUCUUGAUGCUGCCUCUUUCAUUUUGAUUUGCGGUUGCGUUCGUGUCAAAGGGAAGAGCUGCAGACUGAGGUGGUUCAACCAGCUGGACCCAAGGAUCAACAAGAGGGCCUUCAACGAGGAAGAAGAGGAGAGGCUGAUGGCUGCCCACAGGGUGUACGGUAAUAGAUGGGCCAUGAUUGCGAAGCUCUUCCCUGGGAGAACCGAUAACGCCGUGAAGAAUCACUGGCAUGUUAUUAUGGCCCGGAGGCGUAGGGAGCAAAACAACUCCGUCGUGUACGGGGGGAGGAAGCUGGGCCAAGCUGUCCCAUUAGGUUCCGCCAUGAAGAUCUCCGUCGCUUUGGAUCGAGGCAGUAACCGCGGAGGCGGCGGCGGCUUCAGCUACAGUGAGUUCUACCCGAAUCCCAUUUAUGCCAUUUAA